AUGUCGACGGGGCAGGUUGAGCAGGCCGACGACCUCGCCAAGGGCACCUUGGCGACGGCCAAGCAGUCCCUGCGCGACCUCUUCAUCUGGAAGAAGCGCGUCGUCGUGUCCAACGAAUAUGGCGAGACGCGCUGCGAGUGGCACGAGGCCGACCGCUUCGUCAACCCCAUCAGCCUCAUGGCGCAGCUAUCGGCGCGCGACUGGGUCUUCUUCCUCGUCGGCUUCGUCUCCUGGACCGCCGAUGCCUUCGACUUCCACGCCCUCUCCAUCCAGACCGUGAAGCUGUCCAAGUACUACUCGCGCUCCAAGACGGACAUCAGCACCGCCAUCACCCUUACGCUGCUGCUGCGGUCCGUCGGCGCCGCCGUCUUUGGCCUCGCGGGCGACAAAUGGGGCCGCAAGUGGCCCAUGGUCGCCAACAUGAUUAUCCUGGGCUUGCUGCAGAUUGCCACCAUCUACAGCUCCACCUUCUCCCAGUUCCUCGCCGUGCGCAGCCUCUUUGGGCUCUUUAUGGGUGGCGUGUACGGCAACGCCAUUGCCAUGGCUCUGGAGCAGUGCCCGGCUAAUGCGCGUGGCCUCAUGUCCGGUAUCCUGCAGCAGGGCUACUCAUUCGGCUACGUCUUGGCUGCGUGCGCCAACCUUGGCGUGGGCGGUAGCGUCGACUCGUGGAAGACGGUCUUUUGGAUCGGCGCCGGCAUCUCCAUCGCGGUCGGCCUCGUGCGCAUCCCGUUCCCCGAGUCGAAGCAGUUCCUCGAGGCGAAGAAGGCGGGCAAAAAGGCCACCUCCCCGGGGGCCUUCUGGCGCGAGACCAAGAAGAUGCUCGCGCAGGAGUGGAAGAUGUGCGUCUACUGCGUCAUCCUCAUGACGUGGUUCAACUACUACUCGCACACGUCGCAGGACUCGUACACGACGUUUAUGCUCACGCAGAAGGAGCUGGACAAUGCGGGCGCGUCGCGGGCGUCCAUUCUCAUGAAGGCGGGCGCCUGCGUCGGCGGCUGCAUCAUCGGCUACCUCAGCCAGUUCGUCGGGCGGCGGCGCGCCAUCAUCGUGUCGGCGCUGACGUCGGCGAUCCUCAUCCCCGCGUGGAUCCUGCCCGAGGGCGAGCGCGCGCUCAGCGCGACGGGCUUCUUCAUGCAGUUCUUCGUGCAGGGCGCGUGGGGCGUCAUCCCCAUCCACCUCAACGAGCUGUCGCCCGUGGCGUACCGCUCCACGUUCCCCGGCGUGACGUACCAGGUCGGCAACAUGAUCUCGUCGCCGUCGGCGCAGAUCGUCAACGCCAUCGCCGAGAAGACGUUUGUCACGGCCAAGAAGACGGGCGACAGGGUCGAGGCCUACGGGCCGACCAUGGGCAUCGCCACCGUCAUCAUCGCGCUCGGCAUCAUCGUCACCACCAUGUUUGGGCCCGAGCGGCGUGGCCGCGACUUUGAGCACAAGGUCGCCGGCGUGGACAGCGAUGUGUCGAGCAAGGUCCUCGACGAGGAGGCUGCCGAUGAGGAAAAGGGCGGCCGUGUGGAGCUCGAGGAGAAGAAGUAG